AUGGAAGAGCCUAUCGUGUUGAACAAAGGUGAGGAGCCUCUAGAUUUGCCUCCAGGUUUCAGGUUUCACCCCACAGAUGAGGAGAUAAUUACUUAUUAUCUCACCGAGAAGGUGAAGAACAGUAGUUUCAAUGCGAUUGCUAUUGGAGAGGCUGAUUUGAAUAAGUGUGAACCUUGGGAUUUACCAAAGAAAGCCAAGAUAGGAGAGAAAGAGUGGUACUUCUUCUGCCAAAAGGAUAGAAAGUAUCCAACCGGCAUGAGAACCAAUAGAGCAACAGAAUCUGGGUACUGGAAGGCCACUGGAAAAGAUAAGGAGAUUUUCAAAGGGAAAGGCAACCUUGUUGGGAUGAAGAAGACCCUUGUGUUCUAUAGAGGGAGAGCUCCAAAGGGGGAGAAAACCAAUUGGGUCAUGCAUGAAUUCAGAUUGGAGGGCAAAUUUGCAAGUUACAACCUUCCUAAGGCAGCAAAGGACGAAUGGGUUGUUUCAAGGGUUUUUCACAAGAACACAGAUGUCAAAAAGUCCUCAAUACCUGGCCUUUUGAGGAUAAACUCUAUUGGGGAUGAUCUUCUUGAUUAUUCUUCACUCCCACCUCUCAUGGAUCCUCCUUACGGAAACACCAACACCACUAACCCACUUUCAUCAACUAAAUCACAAUCAUCGGAGGGCUAUUAUCUUCCCAGUUUCUCCAUCAACAACCACCACCAGCUUCUCAUCAAACCAGAAGACCACCACAGAAACUAUGAGAUUCCCACAAUUAGCUACACCUCCAACCAAGCCAAUAUCAGCAACAACGUUAACCCGAUUGGAAACAACACACUCUCACAGCCCUCAAACAUGUUCUCUGAUUACUAUGUGCACCAAAACAGGAUCAAAAGUUCCAUCAUGCCAAGUAUCGCCGGUUCGGGUUUCAGUAGCAACAACAACAUUAACAACCACGAUCAAGCUAUUCUUAGAGCAUUUGCAGCCAAGAACAACGACCACUUAGGUGGAAUAUUGGACAAACAGUGCAAGAUGGAGCAAUUCUCUUCUAACCACUCACAAGACACAGGCUUAAGCAACGACAGAAACACUGAAACAUCCUCGGUGGUUUCGAAGCAAGACAAUAUGGGAAGAAAUAGGGCAUUGUACGAGGAUCUUGAAGGUCCUUCUUCAGUUGCACCGCUCUCAGAUUUGGAAUGCCUGCAGUGGGAUGACUUCUGA